UACAUUAAGGCUCUCUUUGUAGCCUCCAAGCUGAAGAUGUUUGAUCAUCUGAAAGAUAAAGGCCCACUGAAGGCUGUGGAUCUUGCAAAUGAGGUUGGAACCUCUGUGUGUGGAAUAGAAAGACUCCUUGAUGCAUGUGCUGCUCUUGGAUUACUGGAGAAAACACCAGAAGGUUACAGUAAUACAGAUUCAGCAAAUACCUACCUGACCUCAGAUGGUGAAUACUCGCUUCAUGGAUACAUUAUCCACUCCAAUGACCACCUUUGGCCUCUCUUCACACACUUGGAGUCUGCUGUCAAAGAAGGCAGCAGGCAGAACCAUCGAGCCUUUGGAAAUAAAGCAGAGGAUUUAUUUAAGGACUAUUAUCACAGCCAGGAGGUAAAGCAACGUUUUAUGGCUGCCAUGCACAGCAUUGCCCACCUGACAGCAAGAGAUGUGGCUACAGCAUUUGAUCUUUCAAAGUUCAAAUCUGCUUGUGAUUUAGGAGGUUGCACUGGAGCUCUGGCUCAUGAAUUAGUACAAAUAUACCCAAAUCUCAAGGUCACAGUAUUUGACCUUCCAGAAGUCAUUGCAAACAUAUCUUACUUUCAGCCUUCAGGACAACACACAGCUCCAGUGACAUUUGUACCAGGUGACUUCUUCAAGGACAAACUUCCAGAAGCAGAUCUUUACAUUCUUUCACGUGUUCUUCAUGACUGGCCUGAUGAAAAGAUACAUGUGCUGUUAAGCAAGAUAUCAGCUGUUUGCAAACCAGGAAGUGCCUUGCUAGUGGCAGAAAUUGUGCUUGACGAACAGAAGACACACCCUCCUAGAGCUGUACUACAGUCCCUCAGUAUGACUGAAGGCAAGCAGAGAAGUGGCUCAGAAUAUAAACAGCUGCUGGAGAAAUAUGGAUUCACAGAUGUACAAAUUAAGAUCACAGGAAACUUCUUAGACGCUGUUUUGUCCUUUAAGAAGAAUCUGUCACCAUAG